CUUGCCUAUGCGAUUCAAGAAUUCGUCGGUCCGAAGUUGUAAUCCUCUAUCAGAAGGAUUGGUCGUUAUAUCUCGACGAUCGCUCUCCUGACCACAAAGAGUCCCCUGCAAUCAUGAAGGAGUUGGAUGAUGCGACAGGGAUAGAUGCACGGGCCCUGGUGGCCUUCCGUCCAGGUAUGAGCGGCGCCCGAGAGAAACUACAACGGGCAUCGAAGCGCGUCACCACUGUGCAAGAAGACGUUGCGUACUCAUCAUUUGACAUCUUUGCCAUCACCCUACCUAUCGUUUACGGCGAGAGGAAGCAAGAAGCGCGCUCGGAUGGCUCCUGCAGGAGGUCGUGGCCCGGCCAGGCGACAUCAACAUCACUGUCCUCGACUGGAUCGGACAACCUUCCGAGUUCAAUAGCUGUCUUCCAGCCCAUAUCGCCUCUUAUAGCACUACUCCACCUGAGCUCCUCGCUUCGCAAACUGCAGACUUUUAUUUCGUUCCAUAUCACGGAAAUCAGGCGGAGGCGCGGUCUGGCCCAGGAGACUCUCAUCACAUAUGGAGUCAAGGCAGACGGGCCCCAUGGCCUGCUGAUCACCACUGAAGAGACCCUAGUUCAGUUCUCGUGGGCAAAGCCCAUUCGGCAGACGUUCUUACCUGUCCGUCCAUGGGAUCGGUAUCUCCUCGGGGUACCUGACUUUGCAGAGCAGCGUGACUUCGCAUAUGACAUGGAGAGCAUGGAAGGUCGGACAGAGCCUGGGUCCCUGAUGGAUGAGUCUGACAAGUUACCCGGCGGUUCACCUGUUGAAGAGGAGCCGAGCUCACUGGCGUUGCAGUUGCAGUUUCACCCGAGACAGCCUUUCGACUAGCGCAGUAGCGUGUCGGAGAAUACAAUAGGGUCGCGUCAGACCAUAACAUCAUUGCACAAGUCAAAAACAUUGCUUCGGUUGAUAAUAUGGAUAUCGGUACCGUAGAAAUACUCUGGCUAUAUAGCAGACUCGUCUCUGACAAGUAUUCACUUGUGUUUUGAUGACGAUACCUACAUUGUUACAAUAUUAGUAGAAUACACAGAUACCCCAUAGCCCAUUCAAAGUAGACAUUCAUUAGGAACCAUUUCCGUUUUACAAGCACCGUCAUCUUGUAAUUACAUAUAGUCACCAGUUGGUUGCCCUAACGAAG